AUGGCGACUGAGAAGGGAAUUCAGACGUAUUUUCUUACUAUUACAAUUUUACCACAGAAAAGUGGGUUAAAUCUGCGAAAUUUGAUUCACGGAAUAAACGACACAUUCGAGAACUUUGCUGGAAACGUAAAAGUCGUGUAUAAAUUUAAAGUUUCUGGAGAGGCAAGAGUGAUUGCUGUUGUGGAUGUUCCCUACAUUGUCGCUUUUGAAAACUUUAUAGAAGCUCUGUGGGAUUUGGGCUCGGUUGAUAUUAGCAGUGUACCUUUGCUUCAUUACGAUAUCUUCGCGCGAAAUCUGGGUGUUGCGGAAGAUAUCGCCUCACUUCCUGAUCCAGUGCUUUUGAAAGAUAAUCUCUACUGGCUGGAGUUUGAGAUUGAUUAUCAAGGUAAAACUCUGGAUGCAUUUCUUGAUCUCUGGAAGAGAGAAGCUGAGUAUGUAUUGACACCCAGGGCUCGAGGGGAAACGACUCUGAUACCCUACAAGACUCUUGGCCAAAGGAAAGUUCACGUAUUCAUAAACAACCCUUUUGCAGGAAAGCUGGACAAGGCCACUUUUGAGCUGCCCAUCGUGAUAGAAAACGGUCACAACAUACAGGCUAGAGCUAAGGGUGUUCAGUUUCUUGUGGAAUACAUAAAAGAUCACCCACUAAAAAAAUAG